AUGGGUGCACCUGAUACGAUUCUGCCGCCUGCCUUGAGCGCAGAAACUAUCACCUCGUUGAUCUUAUCCUUGGAUCUACCUGCGCCAAGCUCUAUUGAGGCAUUGCAGGUUCAAGCUACCUUUCAUUCUAUCUAUCUCAUUCAUUUCAAUUCGGCACAAUAUAUUCCAGUACACAAGGAUGGCCCCGCUACGCUUGUACUACGCUUCUCUGGACGGCAUCUUCCUGGAAUCAAGACACGCAACGAGGUGGGGAUUAUGACGUGGAUACACAAGCAUACUUCUAUUCCCGUGCCGGCAAUCAUCCGCUAUGAUGCGACUGAGAAUAAUGUGAUCAGACAUGAGUUUACCCUACUCGAGAAAGCGUCUGGCAUCAGCGUCGAUCAGAUUUAUGCAACGCUAUCCGAUGAGAUCAAAACACAAAUGGUUCACCAAUCGACGGAUUAUCUCAUCGAACUACACACACCUAGACAGCCCUGGCGUGACGGAUACGUGGGCGGACUGACCCUGAAACCGACGGGCGAAAUUACUCUCGGGCCACCUAUCGAGGAAAACCUUUGGCAGACGUCCGACUUGGAUAAGUUCUGGUCUACCUCGGCCGGAGUCAAGAGUACACAGACACUCGAAAGUCUCAAUGUCAUACCAGCCGAGGGAUUCUCGAGCUAUACCGCGUAUACGACCGGCUCUCUUGAACGGUACAUCCACGUGAUCGAGAUCAUCACUCUCUAG